GACAUGUGAAAUUUCCAGGGUGUGGAAUUGUUUAGUAUAGUUAGUUUUGACAUAAAGGGGAGCAUCCAAUGAUCCAUUUUUAAAGCUAAAAGAGAGAAAAGAGCAGAGUUUUCAAGAAUCAGGUUCUAAAAUGGAACAAAAUACCUUCGAAAUAGGGAUACAAGAAACUGAUGGUGACAUUCAGCAAAAGAAAAAGAUAGCCAAGAAAUGGUGUGUUGAAGCAAAGAAGGUGUGGCAAAUAGCAGGACCAGCUAUUUUAAAUGCAAUCUCUUUGUUCUCCCUUGAGUUUGUCACAGCUGCAUUUGCUGGAAGAUUGGGAGAUUUAGAGCUUGCUGCAGUAUCAGAAGUUCAUAAUGUUAUAGCAGGCUUUGUAUAUGGAGUCAUGUUAGGGAUGGCAAGUGCUCUGGCAACACUUUGUGGUCAAGCAGUGGGAGCAGGACAGUUCAACAUGCUUGGAGUUUACUUGCAGAGAUCAUGGAUCAUUACUGGAUUUACAUCUUUGUUGCUCACGCCAAUGUUCGUCUUCACCUCGCCAAUACUAAAGCUCCUACGUCAAGAUAAAGACAUAUCUCAUCUUGCAGGAAAAUAUGCAAUUUGGAUCAUUCCUCAAAUGUUUGCAUAUGCUCUCAACUUUCCUAUGCAAAAGUUUCUUCAAUCUCAGAGUAAAGUUUGGUUCAUGGCCAUCACUUCAAUGGGAGGAUUGGCAGUUCAUGUAUUGCUGAAUUGGGUUCUUGUAGUAAAGGUAGGGUGGGGACUUUUUGGCGCUGCAAUUGCUGGAAAUGUUUCUUGGUGGCUUUUGGACAUUGCUCAGUUUGUUUACAUCAUCUCGGGCUAUUUUCCCGAGGCAUGGACUGGUUUUUCAUGUCUCGCUUUCAAGUCGUUGACUAACUUCUUGAAGCUAUCACUUGCCUCUGCAAUAAUGGUGUGUUUGGAGUUUUGGUACUUCACAGCAGUGAUUCUAAUGGUAGGAGGCUUUAAAAAUGCUACAACUUCUGUUGACGCCAUAUCGAUCUGCAUCGGUUUGCAACUAUGGACACUGACUGUCGCCUAUGGUUUCACAUCUUCAACCAGUGUGAGAGUUUCAAAUGAAUUAGGAGCUGGAAAUCCAAAAGCUGCAAAAUUCUCAAUUUCAGUCAAUGUUUUGAUAUCAGCAGUAAUUGGCCUUGUAUUCUCAGCUACAAUAUUAGCUACCAAAAAAGAGUUCCCAAGAUUAUUCACAAAUGAACAACAUGUGAUAAGGGAAACAUCAAAACUAGUCUACAUUCUUGCUGCUAUCAUGUUUCUUAAUGGCAUCCAACCUGUUCUACUCGGAGUGGCAGUUGGUGCAGGAUGGCAGCUUCAAGUGGCCUUAAUUAGCAUUGGAUGUUAUUAUGGUUUUGGAUUACCAAUGGGUGCAUUGCUUGGUUACAAGUUCAAAUUUGGAGUUGAAGGCAUACUUUCUGCUAUGCUUGCUGGCAGCUUGCUUCAGACCCUCUUCCAGUUUGUUAUCAUUGCUCGCACCAGUUGGCACAAACAGGCUCUUCAAGCAGAGGAGAGAGUGAGAACAUGGGGUGGUGAAGUGGAGAAUCAAUCAAGUCCUGCUAUAGGCAAGUCCUGUUCAAUGGAUUCCUAAUUCAAUUCAAUAAAGGAAACAAACAAGUGAAACUCGAUCCUAUUUUAACACAAGGCUAAGUGUACAUUAUUGAUGUUGGCAUCUCUGGGUAAGCUCACUCCAAUUGUUGCCUUCUUCUCCUAUUAUAAAUCUUUCUACAUUGUAAAUUUGUAUACAUAUUCAUCAGUCUGUUUAUAGACUUUAUGAGAGGUUAAUAUAAGGCAGAGAAUCAGCUUAAGUUUGAUUCUGCAUAUUUGCUUCU